AUGGGUUCCGAACGACCCUUUGGAUCUGCGCCCCAGACCAGCUCUGAUAUCAAAGCUACCUACGCUCCUUUACCCCUCGCAGAUGGUUCUAACCUACUCCAACCGCAAGCUCCGUUCGCUGCCGACAACGACCCUGAAUCACCACGGGACUCCUAUGCAGCACAGUCGUCUGUAGCAGGCUCACAAACUCUUUUCCCUAUCAAAAACGAACGCGAUGAUAACUUGGAAAAUGCGUCACCUGUUGAUCCAUACCCCACCCCAAAACGAAUGUCCCGUAAACUUAUUGUCGGUGCCAUAAUUGCUUUGAUUGUCAUAAUUCUAGCCAUCGUUCUCUCCAUUUACUUUGCUGUUGUCAAACCUCGUUCCAAGUCUUCCUCUUCAACGCCGGCAGCCGCCGCUUCAUCGUCGAUUCACGGCUCCGUUUCCCCUACAUCAACAAGUGAUAGCGCGAAACCCAGCAGUAGUGCAACAGCUGAAGAGUUGUGGGGUGGUGAUGGGUCGACUGUUAAAGCUAGCGAUGGAUCUACGUUUACGUACAACAACAAGUUUGGUGGAAUAUGGUAUUCGGAUCCCAGCGACCCUUUCAAGGACUACGCAUACCCGAAUUCGUGGACUCCGCCUCUGAAUCAAAGUUGGGAUUUCGAAAAAGAUCGAAUUUUUGGUGUUAACCUUGGUGGAUGGCUUGUCUUAGAGCCAUUUAUCAGCCCCGAGCUAUUUCAGAGAUAUCCCGGCGCGGUAGACGAAUGGACACUCAGUACCCUUAUGGCUGCAGACACUGCCAACGGAGGCUUAAACCAACUGGAAGAGCAUUAUAAGACCUUCAUUACUGAACAAGAUAUUGCCGAGAUUGCUGGUGCUGGGUUGAACUGGAUCAGAUUACCAAUCCCGUUUUGGGCCAUUGACACAUGGGGAGACGAACCUUUCCUCGCCAAGACUAGCUGGAAAUAUUUCGUCCAAGCUUUGCAAUGGUGCAAGAAAUACGGUAUUCGUGUUAAACUCGACCUCCAUACCAUUCCUGGAUCCCAUAACGCAUACAAUCACUCCGGAAAGAUGGGUCAAAUCAACUUCUUGUAUGGAGUGAUGGGGAUGGCCAAUGCCCAGCGCACAUUGAAUUAUCUUCGAAUCAUCACCCAGUUUAUCUCGCAGCCUGAAUACAAAGACGUUGUGAUCAUCUUCGGCAUCAUGAACGAGGCCUUGGUUAGUCAAAUUGGGACGGAGGAAAUUCGUGCAUUUUACGUCGAGGCGUAUAAGAUAAUCCGAGGUAUCACCGGAUACGGUGCAGGAAAUGGACCAUACAUCAGUAUUCAUGACGGGUUCCAAACUCUUGCGAGAUGGCCUGGUUUCUUGCAGGGAGCUGACAGAGUAAUGAUCGAUAGCCACCCGUACAUGGCGUUUGAUGGUGUUCCAGCAUUGGACCCCAUCGAUACUGGCACUGGACCGGGUGCUGGUGGAGAAUGGCCCCAAAGGGCAUGCACUCGGUGGGCCGGCGCUUUCAAUGCCAGUCGUAAUGCCUUCGGUGUCACUGUCUCCGGAGAAUUUAGCAACGGUAUCAAUGACUGUGGUCUGUUCCUUAGGGGAGUUCGAGGCAGAACCUCCUACGGCGGCAACUGUCAAGAUUGGAUGGAUUCUUCAACAUGGAGUGCCGGCACGAUAGCUGGUCUUCUCGCAUUUUCAUCUGCCAGCAUGGACGCAUUCCGCGACUAUUUCUUCUGGACAUGGAAGAUCGGGGAGUCCAAUAAGGGAAUCGUCGAAGCGCCAUUAUGGUCGUACAAGCUAGGUCUCGAGCGAGGUUGGAUGCCCAAAGAUCCCAGGACGGUAAUCGGGGCUUGUGGUCCACCCACCGGUCCAUCGUGGGGCGGAAAGUUUGAGUCCUGGAUGACUGGUGGCGCCGGUGCUGGAUCUGUCCCAAUCCAAACUGCACAAUACCCAUGGCCACCUGCCCAACUUGCAGAUGGCAACGUGGUUAGCCAGCUACCGCUGUAUACCUCUACAGGCACCCCUGUGACGCUUCCCAUGCCCACUUUCACGGACAGCAAUGGUCAGGCUGUCUCUGUCACUGCCAAUGGCUGGUUCAAUCCAAACGACAACGGCCCUGCUCCAACUCCCAUCGCAGGAUGCUCAUACCCUGAUCCAUGGAAUGCCAAUGGCGUUCCAAUUCCAGCUGGCUGUGGUGCUGGAGGCUUGGUGUCGCGCGCGCAGAUCACCCCGCCUCCCGUUCCUCGCUCUUUCUAA